CUGCUUCUUACCCAUUUCAUACGUGCAACCUCUUCUCUCUCUCUCUCUCUCUCUCUCUCUCUCUUAUUGAAGUCUACUGAGACAUUAGAAGAACGACGCAGAAGAGGAGCAGUCAUCUUCUCGGUGAAAUUCGGCUUUUUUCGGAAAAUGGGAAACUUUAAAGUAUUAUUAAUAUUAUUUUUGAUCAUUCCAGUUUUUGGAAAAUCAAAAUAUAUAAGAUAUAAAGACCCAAGAGAGAAUACAGAAAAUAGAAUAACAGAUUUACUGGGAAGAAUGACAAUAGAAGAGAAGAUAGGACAAAUGGUUCAAAUCGAUCGCAGAACUGCUUCACCAGAUAUCAUGAAGACGUAUUUUAUUGGGAGUGUGUUGAGUGGAGGGGGAAGUGUACCGGGAACGAACGCGACGGCAGAAGAAUGGAUAGAGAUGGUGAACGAAUUCCAAAGAGGGAGCCUGUCCACGAGGCUUGGAAUUCCGAUGUUGUACGGAAUAGACGCGGUCCAUGGACACAACACUGUCUAUAGAGCCACCAUAUUCCCUCACAACGUCGGCCUCGGCGCCACCAGAGAUCCUCCGCUCGUCCGACGCAUCGGUGCCGCCACCGCCCUCGAGCUCAGGGCCACCGGCAUCCCCUACACUUUCGCUCCUUGCGUUGCGGUUUGCAGAGAUCCGAGAUGGGGCCGAUGUUACGAGAGUUACAGCGAAGAUCCGAGAAUCGUGGAAGAUAUGACGGAGAUCAUACCCGGAUUACAAGGAGAACUUCCGGCAACCCUUCCUCGGGGAACUCCUUUCGUUGCAGACAAGACGAAGGUGGUGGCUUGCGCCAAACACUACGUAGGGGACGGAGGAACGGUCCGGGGAAUCAACGAGAACAACACGAUCAUAGACAAGAAGGGUCUGCUCGAAAUCCACAUGCCCGGUUACUACCGCUCUUUGUCGAAAGGAGUUUCCACCGUUAUGGCUUCCUACUCGAGCUGGAACGGUCUUAAGAUGCACGCUAACUACGAUCUCAUCACUUCUUUCCUCAAGAAGAAGCUUCGUUUCCAGGGUUUUGUCAUAUCGGACUGGGAAGGAAUCGAUAGGAUUACCUACCCGCCUCACGCUAAUUACACGUACUCGAUCCAGGCUGCGGUUAAUGCGGGCAUCGACAUGGUCAUGAUCCCUUACAACUAUACAGAAUUCAUGGGAAAGCUAACCUUUUUGGUAAAAAACAAAUACAUUCCCAUGGCCCGUAUCGACGAUGCCGUGACCAGAAUCCUGCGUGUGAAGUUCAUCGCGGGUCUGUUCGAAGAGCCCUUAGCCGACACCAGCUUUGUCCAUAAGCUCGGUAGCCUGGAACACAGAGAGUUAGCGAGAGAAGCGGUGAGGAAAUCGCUCGUGCUACUGAAGAACGGCGAAACUGGUGAUGAACCAUUGCUUCCUCUUCCAAAAAGGGCGAGAAAAAUACUUGUAGCCGGGAGCCAUGCUGAUAAUUUGGGGUAUCAAUGUGGCGGAUGGACAAUAACAUGGCAAGGACAUAGCGGGAACAAUUUCACCGAAGGUACCACCAUCCUGAAGGCAAUCAAGAACACAGUUGAUUCAGAAACGCAAGUCAUCUAUUCAGAAAACCCCAUUGCAGAAUUUGUGAAAUCCGGCGAGUUUUCUCAUGCAGUCGUCGUAGUAGGCGAACGCCCUUACGCAGAAUCGGAAGGGGACAGUAACGACCUGACCAUAGCAGAUCCUGGACCGAGCACGAUCACAAACGUGUGCGGGGUCAUGAAAUGCGUAGUGGUUAUCAUCUCUGGCCGCCCCGUCGUUCUUCAGCCGUACAUUUCGAUGGUGGAUGCCGUCGUCGCUGCUUGGCUGCCCGGAUCAGAAGGGCAGGGAAUUGCCGACGUUCUGUUCGGGGAUUACGGUUUUACGGGGAAAUCGCCAAGAACUUGGUUCAAGACCGUGGACCAGCUCCCCAUGAACGUAGGGGACUCGCAUUAUGAUCCACUCUUCCCGUUCGGAUACGGGUUAACCACAGAACCCGUGGAUGACAGCCGGAAGAACAGCCUGAGAGAUUCAUGGUAGAUUAUUACAAGACAUAAACCUUAUCUUGUUUCUAAGUUACAGCAAACACGAUCUGUACAUAAUCCAAUACCCGAAAUUUAAUGCAAAAAUAUUCCUUUUUAUAAAAUGUUUUGUUCUAUAGAAA